AUGAUCGAUCCUACCACCACCACCGUCAUCACCAACGACGAUGACGACAGAACAAAAACAUCACUUUCAAAACCACCUAGACCCAAACGAAGAAUAUGUUUCUCAUUCACAACAUACGCUAACAACCUAAUACACCGUCUCAAAUCCUCCAACGUCAUCAUCGAACAAGGACUCUCCGACACUGAAUUUUUAUUUCUCGAAUCCAAACUCAACAUAACUUUCCCACCUGACCUUCGCGCAAUUCUCCAACAGGGUCUUCCUAUCUCACCAGGCUUUCCCAACUGGCGUUCAUCCUCUCAUCAACAACUUCGAAUUCUUCUCAACCUUCCAGUAUCCUCGAUUCUGCGUCGUGUUUCAGAUAACCGUUUCUGGCAUCCCUCGUGGGGUCCACUACCGGAAGAUCCUUUAGCUUCUGCGGAAAGAAUUUUGAACGGCGCACCAAGGCUUAUUCCUGUGUAUCGACAUUGUUAUAUAGUUUCGUCUCCUAACACUGCUGGGAAUCCGGUUUUUUACAUUGAUCAUGGUGGUGAUGUUAGACUAGCGAGCUUUGAUGUUGUUGGGUUUUUUCGUGAUGCGGGGUUUUUGAACGGAGUUGAGGAAGUGGAGGAUCCGGUUUGGGCGGCGACGAAGGCGAGGAGCAUUGGGGUUUGGUCGGAUGUGGCGGAUGGGAGAGGGGAGAGAAAGUGGAAGUGGUGGUGGGAUGAUCGGAGGGACGAAUUGGGUGGGUGUAUGGAUGGGGUGUUGCAGAGGUUGAGGGAAGGUGGGUGGAGAGAGGAAGAAAUACUCGAGAUGAUGAAUGAGGAGGAAGAAGAAAGGGAGAAGCGUGCGCAGCACGUGAGUUUUUUGGGGUUGAAGUUAUUAGGUGCGGGAUGGAGUAGGGAAGAUGUGGUGUACUCGCUUGGGGUUGAUAUGGAAGAAGCCGCCGCCACCGUUCUCGCCGCUGAUGUCGGCGUCACGAUGAAUCAGCAGUGA